UUCCUCUGUCCUUCCUCCAACCUGUAUUCUCCUCUCUCUAUCCCUCUGCCCCUAAUGAUUCUUUCUCCAUCUCUCAGUCCUGCUCCCUGCCCCCUUUUCCCUCCCUCUGUCUAUCUGUCCUGCUUCCUCUCCCUGGUUAUUCUGCCUUUGUCCCUCUGUCCGGCUGCCUGUCUCAUUGUUUCUAAUUAUAGUCCCCUGUCCAGCCAGCUGUCCUUUUUUUCCUUUCUCCCCCCCUACUCUGGCCCUACUUUUUCUUCUUCCAUCUCUGUCCAGCGGCCCAUCACCAUUUUUUGCCUUCUCCAUCUCUUAAUCUGCAUCAGUUCUGCCCCCCUGCCCCAGUCUCUCUGCUUUUUGUCUCUCCAUGUCCUGCGCUCUAUCCUUGUCUUUCUCUCUCUUUUCUUCCUUCCUUUUCCCUCCUUUUUCUCUGCAUCCCUUUGCCCUAUUGCUCAUCAGUAUUUUUCCCUUCCAUCCCUUGGUCCUGCUCCCUGUCCCGUACUUCUCUGUCAAUCCCUCUGUCCUGUUGCCUAUCAUUACUUUUGCUGUCUGCAUCCCACUGCCCUGCUUCCCAUUCAUCUCUUUUGGCUCUAUCCUCAUGUCCUGCUCCCCAGCAGUAUUUUUUUCUUUCUUCAGCUCUCUGACCUGCUCCCUGCCCUGCUGUUUUUCUCUCUGUCAUUCUUUCCACUUCCCUGUACCUCUCUGCAACCUUGUGUCCUGCUUCCUGUCCCUCUCUUUGCCUCUCUAUCCCUCUGUCCCUGUCCUUGUCGCUGUUUUUUCUUUCUCCAUCUCUUUGUCCUGCUGCCCAUCUCUGUCCAGUUCUCUUUCUGUGUUUUUUUCCUCUCUUGGUUACUCUGCUUUUCUUCCUGUCCCUAUUUUUUUUCUUUCUUCAUCCCUCUGCCCUGCUCUGUGUUCCAUCCCUCCCACUCCCACAGUGUCCUGCUGUGUGUUACCUGUCCUUCUCCCUGUUGAUUUUUUUUUUCCCUUAUUGCUCUAUUCCUCUGUCCUGCACCCUAGAAGUAUUUUUUUGUUCUCUGUAUUUCUGUUCUGCCCAUCCCCCACCUCCACCUUUACAUGUCCCAGUCUUUCUCUCUACAUGCUCCUGUCAUUCUCCUCUUCUUGCUCUUCUUGCUUUUUCUCACUCUUCCUCUAUGCUGCUGCCCAUUGCUAUUUUUUUCCUCCUCCAUCCCUUUGUCCUGCUCCCUGUCCAUGUCAAUCUUUGCCUUUUGUUCUGCAUCAUCUUUCUUUGUUUUCUUAAUCUCUGUCCUUUUCUCCAUAUGUUUUUCUCUUUGCUCCUCAGUCGUUCUCCCUCGUCUUAUUUUUCCCUUUCUGCCAUCCCUCUCUUUCUCUGUGACCCUCUGCGCUGUGUCCUUUCUUUUCUUUCUCCAGUUCUGUGUCUUACCUGUCCCUCUCUGUCUUUCUUCCUCUGUCCUGCUCCCUGCCCCUAUUAUUUAUUGCUUCACCUCUCUGUCUCAUUCUCUGUCCCUGUUUUUUCACUCAUGCUCCAUCUCUCUGUCAUUCUCUCUGUUGCUCUCGUUGGCUCUCCAUCCCCACAUCCGGCUCCCUGUCCCUCUCUCUUUCGCAGUAUCCCACUUUCUGGCUCCCUGUCCCUCACCUGUUUUCUGUAUCCCUCUGUCCUUCCUCCUGUCUUUCCUUGUCCCUCUGGCCUGCUACCCCUCACUGUCUUUUUUUCUGUCUUUCUCCAUCUCUCUGCCUUGGUCCUGUCAAUCUCUUCCUCUCUCAGUCUCUAACAUUUCUUUCUCCACCUCUGCCCUGCUCCCUGUCCCUUUUCUCUUAUUCUCUGUGUCCUCCAUCCUCCUCCUAACUUUUUGACUGUAUAACGCCAUACCACUGCCUGUCCCAUCAUGUUUCUCUAUAUCCCUCUGCCCCAUUAUUCUCCUCUGUCCUGCUCCCUGGCCUUGUUUCUCAUCCUGCAGUCCAUCAUGUUUUUUUUCUUUCUCCAUCUCUUUAUCCUGAUCUGUCUGUCUCUCUUUUUUCCCUCACCCCCCCUGGCUUGUUCCCUGUCUUUUUCUCUCUCUCCCUCCUUCCUUAUUCCUGUAAUUCAAUUUCUCUCUUUAUCCGUCUGUUCUGCUACCUGCUCAUCACUUUCUCUCUCUCUUUCCCUCUGUCCUGCUCCCUAACCCUGUUUUUCUUUCACCAUGUCCCUACAGGGCUCCUUGUCCCUUUUUUAUUGAUUUCUCCAUCUCACUGUCCUUUUCCUUGUACCUUUCCUUCUCUGCCCCUCAGUCCUUCUCCCUCAUCUUAUUUUUCUCUUUCUGUUCCUCUGUCCUGCUCCCCAUCGUGGUAUGCUCGUUCUUGGUAUCUGCUGUUCCAGUAACAACUGCUGAGUUGUCCCAGGGGAAGGGUGAGUGUACAGGCACCAAGACCCAGAGCAGACUUGCUCCUGGGACUUACAUGCGUUAACGGAUAAACACUUGCUGUCUCCUUUGCACUUGAUGAGUGGCUGUCAGAGAGCCCAGGGGAGCAGGUUAGGUAGUGGGUGUAAGGGGCGAUGGCUGCAGCUGUGGGCUGGGGCUGGAGGAGCCCCAGGUGGGGCCAGUGAGGCUGAUGGUGAUGGCCUCUCUGUGUAAAAGGACUGCAGCCCUAGGGGAUGGUGCUGCUGGGGCAUGCCUGCCUGAGGGUGCUGAUGAGCUGCAAGGAUGUUUCCACCUGACUACUGCAACAGGUUGAUGGUCAGUUGGAGUCAGGCCCCAUCAGGGCAGCUACCAGGGGUUUUCUGAGAGCUGGGGGAGAGGAAGCAGGAAGAGGAGCAGGAGGUGGCUGCCCCCACCCCCUGGAAAAGGUGCUGGGUGCCUCCCCAACUCAACAAAACUCCUCCAGCUCUGCUCACCCUGUGCAGCUGCCCCCAGCUACAGCACCUCCCCUAAUGCCUGUCCCGUAGCCACAGACUGCCCCUGAACCCUGUCCUCACGGCAGCAAGCUGGUCCUUGAAUAAUCUUUAUUGCACCAUAAAUGCAGGUGCUGUUAGCAUCAGUUCAGGGGAAGAAUGGCAUCUCCAGAAGCUCCUGCAGAAGGAGGGGUUUGUGCCUGAGGAGUACAGUCAUAGCUGUAGAUAACAGUUGCUUGUUCUUUCCCUCUCCCAGAGGCAGCACUGAGGACUCAGUUGUCGGUUCCUCUCCGGGGAUGUUGUUGACUGCCUCUGGCUCAGGUUUGUGUGGGUUGCCUUUGGCCUCAUUCUCCUAGUAGCAUGGGUGAAAAGGGACAGCUGGAGCACUUACUGGCUCUGCACAGGAGCUGCAGUGGCUGAAGCUGGAGAGACCAGAAAAAGGUGGAUGACAGUCAAGUGACCGGAGCUACAAAGGAGGAAGGGAGAGGGGGCGGAGACUGAGAGAGAGGGAGAGAAAGAUGCAUCUGAACUGUCAAAUUCUCCCAGCAGUUCUGAAAGCAGGAGCUACGGUGAGUCCUGGACCCUUGGGGCCGUGUUGCUCCUCUUCGGCAUUCCCAUCCCCUCCCUUGUCUACUGCUGUCAUUUUUUUCACUUCCCUGCACCUCUCCCUCUCCCAUUCUCCAAGUGCCCCCUUUGUCAUUCUGCCUCUGUUUUCUUUUUCUCUCUGUAUGUCUGUCCUGUUCCCUGUCCCUCUUUUUUUUGUCCUCUGUCUCUUUCUUGCAGUCCAUCAUUAUUUUUGUCUUUCUCCAUCUCUCUGUCUGUCUUCCUAUCCCUUUUUUUUAAAUUUCUCCCCAUCUGCCCUUUAGCCCUUCACAAUUCCCACUGCCCUCACCUCUCUGUCUGGGGCUGUGUCUCUAUUUUUUAAAUUCCUCUCUCUGCGCCUUGUAUUCUAGAUAUACUUUUUCUUUCUUAGAUUUUCUUGUUCCAGGUCCCUGUCCCUAUGUUUUAAUUUCUUCCCUCUCUGUGCCACAGCCUAUUUUUGUCCUCGUUGUUCUCUCUCUGUCUGGCUCCCUGUCCCUAUUCUUCAAUUCCUCUCUCUCUCCCCUUCAGCUCACUGAGGUUUUUUGGUAUUUCUCAGUUGCUCUCUGUCUACCUCACUGUUCCCUUUUCCAAUUCCUCUCUCUCUGCCCUGUGGCCCAUCACUAAUCUUUGUUUUUCUCCAUCUCUCUCAGUCUGGUUCCCUAUCGUUUCCUCCUCUCUGGCCCAUAGCCCAUCACUAUUUCCUCCCCACCCCAUGCCCCUCUCUCUCUGUCUCCCUUUCCCUAUUUUUCAAUCCCCCCUCUCUGCCCUGUAGCUGAUUGCUGUUGUAGU